AAGCAGGCCGAUUGGGACAUGGAAGAAGCGCUGCUGGCCCAGGCCGCCGAGCGGGUGGCGGCGCAGGACUACGCGGCAGCGCGUGGCGUCGCCGAGGAGGCGGUCCAUCGUAUCUGGGACCGGCUGCAUCUGGGCAAGUGGAGCGAGGUCGACGUCGUGUGGCGGCAGCGCUUUGCGCGCGCGUGCCACCUCCUCGCGCAGGUCCAGGCCGCCACGUCCGACGCGCCGACCGCGAUCCGCACCCUUGACACGGGCCUCCUCAUGGCUGGACCGUACGGCCACGACUUGCACGCUAUGAUGGAGUCGCUCAUCGAGACGCUGCCACGUGACGAGACCCUCGUCGAGCAGGAUGCACCAAAGCGGCAGUGCGUUCGGUCGCGCGAGCACGUAGCGCUCUACCCGCUCCCAGCACAGGCUACGAUCAUUGAAUGCAUCUCUCCGCCAUCGAUGACCGUGUUCCGCGAACGCUACAUGCGGCCGCACCGGCCGGUCGUCAUCCGAGGCGCCAUGGACCAUUGGCCUGCCAUGGGUCUCGACGGCGCUCAACGGGGCUGGUCCAACUUGCAGUACCUCAAGCGCGUUGCGGGCAUGCGCACCGUGCCCAUCGAGAUCGGCUCGAGCUACUUGGAAGACGACUGGUCCCAGACACUCAUGCCGCUGAGCCAGUUCAUCGACGAGCACAUCACCACACCUGGCGCCAACACGGGCUACUUGGCGCAGCACGCUCUCUUCGAGCAGAUCCCUCCGCUGCGCCGGGACAUCUGUGUCCCAGACUACUGCGCGCUCCCAGCGUCGGACGAUGACGACGAGGACGAUGACGACGAGGUUGUCGUGAACGCUUGGUUCGGACCGGCCAACACUAUUUCGCCGUUGCAUUUUGACCCGGCGCACAACCUGCUGUGUCAAGUCGUCGGGCGCAAGUACCUACGCCUGUAUACGCCGGACGCGCAGCUCUACGCGGUCGAGGGCCUCCUCUCCAACACGUCGCAGGUCAAGGUCGAGAACGUCGACGCCGACGCGUUUCCAGCGUUUCUACAUGUGCCGUACCUCGAGUGCACGCUGCACCCGGGCGACAUGCUCUAUCUGCCGCCCCGCUUCUGGCACUUUGUGCAAUCGCUCGACGUGAGCUUCUCUGUGAGCUGUUGGUUCGCGCGGCCCACGUCCCCAUAA